UUACCAUUUACCAACCCUGUUUGCCUGCUUGCUCGGCCCCGCUCUCCUCUGCGGCUCUGCCCCCCCGCAACGCCAACCACGAUGCUCGCCUCCACCGCCGCCUCCCUCCGGCCGCCCCUCCGCCGCUUACGGGGCGGCGGCGCCUCCAGCGGAGGUGUCUGCCACGGGGCUGUUCCUCUCCUCCCCAGGCCCAGGCGGCGGGCGCUGGCCUGCCGCGCGGACCUGCAGCAGGACGCGCCGUUCGCGGCCGCCAUCGGCGCCUGCGUGCUCGCCUCGCUCGUGCUGCCCCCUCCCAGGCCCCGCGGGGAGGCCGUCGAGGAGGCGGAGGAGGGAGGGGAGUUUGGCACCACGGACACGAGGAUGGCCGUGAUGGGGAUCAUCUCCUUCUUGCCUUACUUCAACUGGCUGAGCUGGAUCUUUGCGUGGCUGGACAGCGGGAGGCGGAGGUACCUCGUCUACGCUGCCGUCUACUUGGCUCCUUACCUCAGAACUAACUUGUCACUGUCACCUGAUGAGAGCUGGUUACCUAUUGCUAGCAUCUUUAUCUGCAUUUUACAUAUUCAGUUAGAAGCAGGCAUCAGGAGUGGCGAUAUUGAAAGCUUCAACUUUGUCGAGAGAGCUUGGAAGCUCAUCUUUCCUAGUCCUGCUAAAGAGAAGGAUGGCCACCAUGGAAACAAGAGAGAUUCAAUUGGAAUGGGAGAUAGGCACAAUAGGAGAAUACCAUCAGCACAUGAAUCUAGAGAAAGGCUUCGUAAUUCAGACAUCUUCAAGAGGAAGCUUGAUGAGCCCAACGAGGAGAAGCAAAAUAAGUCUGAUUGGAACUGAGAAUAACAGUGCUCCUGUCCUGUAUUUUUCUGAAUCGCUUGAACAUCGUUUGGGGGAGAUGCAUGUAUUAGUAGCGAGGUGAAGCUGCAGCCAAAACUGAAGUGGACUUGUAGCAGCAUGUGGUUUCAAAUGGGUCGACGUCUGUCUUUUUUUUGAAUUUGAUAUUAGUUAGUAUACCUAUAGCUUCCAACUUCCAUGGUAGUGUACAAAUAAACUGCCAAUCUGGCUUAUGUAGGUAGGACGCAUGGUCGUUUUGAAAAUUUCUGAAUAUCUUUCGUCCGCUUAUCUGAA